AGGAGAGCUAGGAGCCGUUGUUGACCCAGGGGCCCCACGCUGAUGUCAGCUAAGCGGGAGGUCAAGGGGGGGGUGAGGGGGCAGUGGGUGCCCCCCUUUGGGCGGGCUAGAUAGGCCCGAAAUUACUCAGACCCUCCAAAAAACCAUCACCCCCUGAAAACGGGCUUCUUCUACCGCCUUAACCACCAGACAACCAGCUAGCAUUCUCCUUGACCUCAAACAACCUCGAAAGAACAGGAACCUACCAUCUAAACUUAGGAAGAUACAUCAAAAACCAAAAGGAAGUCAUCGGCUCCUAAAACUUCUUUUUGUCUAGACAUGGAACAUUUAGAAGCGGAUUCCAAAAAAGUUUUCCCUAAAGCAAAGAAAAGGAGUAUUGCAAAAGCUACACAGGAACUUGAACCAAUGAUUCUGGCUCCUCCACCUACAGGAGAAUCAAUGCUAAAACAUGCCAUUGCUAUUCCAUCUGAAAAUCCAAAUAAUGUUUUAGAUGAUGAGCAGAUUGUUAGGCUAGUUACUAAACAUCUUACAGAGAUUGCUUCUAAUUUAGAACAAACUUAUGGACUUGACAUUGAACAUGAAUGGACAGAGAAAGUAUCAAAGUCAGAAGAAGAAAGGACACCUACAGAAGCAGAGGAUAUGACUUCGUUCUUGCGAUUAUGUUCAGCAUUUGCGAAACAGCUUGAAGAAGCAGUUAGAGAAGAACAUCAGAUAUUGGAUUCUCUUUUUAUGUGGUUUCAACAAGAAGUCUAUCAUGUGGAAGAGUUAGUUAAAGAACAAAAUGCUUCAGACUGGGAACUUCCUCUGCCAGAUAUAACAGUAUCUUCAAGUAUUGCCCAAGUGAUAGAACAUUUGCAACGUCUUGAACAUUUAAGGGAUUGUCUCAGUAUAGUGCCAAUGGCUACCCGAAGAGCUGCAGUUGCAAAAAAUAUGCAGGAGAACCGAUCACAUACAAGCCGAAUUUAUGAAGAAGUAAAGAAGAUGAUUGAAGAUUUUGCUGCAACUUAUGAAAAUGAUGAGUUCAUAGAACAUAUCAUGGACAUUGCAAGUAAAGUGUUUUUAUCAGAAAAUAAUGAAACAAAGGAUCUUCAGUUUCAAGAAAUGUUUAAAAUAUUUGAAAAGCAGGCAAAUAAGUUGCAACGAAUGAUGACUGAACUAGAUAAUCUGGACUAUAAAUACAAGGUGAUUCAAUCUGAUUUAGAGCUGGUAACAGAGGACAGAAUGAUUUUUGAGAAUGAACUACGAAGAAUUAAAGGUCCUGAAAAAAUAGAGCAAUUGCUACAGAGAGAAAAGAGAAACUCAGAAUUACAAGGCCUUAAAAGAUCAGAAAGAAGGUCAACCAAAGAUUUAACUAAAACUGGAGAACCAGAUAGCAAUUUGAAGAGAUCUUCUUUUUCAAGUCCUGAGGCUCUUAAAUUGAAGGAAGACUUAUAUCAAGCUCAGAAAGUAGUAGCUUCUCUGGAAAGUGAGAACAAAUUUCUACUGGAACAAUUGAAAGAGGCUUUACAGGAAGUUGACAAAGCUAAGAAAGAUCUUGAAGCAGCACAGAUCCAAACACGGAAAGCAAGUGAAAAAGCAUAUGAAAAUUCACCUCUUAAAAAGGACAAGAAAGGGAAAAAAGGGAAAAAAGAACCAAAAAAAGACAAAAAAGGAAAAACAUACUAAGGAGAAAUAUUACAGGAUGGAAAGACCUAAACAACAGGAGAAAGAUCCUAAUAGGAUUUCUGAAAUACUUUGGAAAAUCUUCCAAACCUGCAGAGAAUGGAAGGGAAAGAAGGAGAGAGCCCCACCUGAAAGAUGCAUGAUGUGCUGUACAAUAAAGUACAUUUGUUUAAACUUUACAA